GAUGGUAGGAAGACGGACGACCUCGAAAAAAAAAAAGCUAGCCCAUGCAUACGGACGCCGCAAUUGGACGUGAUAUGUGCUGCGCGUGUUGUGUGUUUUCUGGGAGUGUGAAAAAGAAUCAUUAUUCUAUGGUGAAGGUAUCAAUUUCAGCAAACACUGUACAGCUGCGGCGUACGCUUCCACAAUAAGCCGACAGUGUGUUGUAUAUAUCGGACGAACUGCAGAACGGCGCCUAUGUAAACGCUUUCGUGAGAGUUUGUACGAUACAGGAAGCAAGCGUGCGAAGCGAAACACUGGCGAUUGAUUGAGUGUCGCUUGAAAACGAGCGGCGGUAACACGAAACGAACGGAGCAGACCGAUCCCACAUUUGUUUCGCGGCCCGGUCCAAUACCGUAUCGCACCGUAUCCCGUUUGAAGUGUGUCAAGAGUUUUGAAAGUGAAUUUAUGUGAUACGCAGCUGAGGAAACCGGCCAACGAUAACCGAGCGUAAAACGCUCGGAUUGUGAACCGCAUACAUAUAUAGGAAACACGCACACACUCACGCAGUAUGAGCUACGAUCCGCCGCUAAACCGGGAACUUAUCCAGCGGACCGUUGGGUACCACGGUAAACCAUUGCAAAAAAUAUGGGAAUCCGAGCUGCCGCCGUACGAGCUGCAAAAGCUCGGCAUCGACGACGGCCUGGAUUUUGUCGUGUACAUGGCACGGCAGAAGCACUUUACGCUGCAGGAACGAGCCAAACGGUUAAAGCUACAACAGUUCAUAGUGCGCAAUGCGAACGCGCUGUACCGGCACUAUCCUUCCGCUGCUACCGGGCCCGGCCUGGUAAUGGAUUACAAAGCAAGCAACCUUUUCGCCGUACCACCGAUGGAUGCGUUUCUGGAUACGGAACCAGCUGAAAGCAUAACUCAUCUGCUAGAGACCGUGCAGCCGGGUGAUGUAGUGUAUGGGUCCGUGACAAUGUACAAACACUAUGCGGGGUUGCUAUUUAGACCAAUAUUUGUAGUGGGCAGCGUGACGUCUUACGUUCGUAACAAGUCCAUCAAGGGAACUAUAGCAAAAAAUGACCUGAUCACUCCAGACAAAAUGUCGAUCGCAGCGAAAGGUUUCGUCGCAAACGAUCUGAUCUGUUGCGAGGUGAUCGAUGUACACCCGGACGUAAGGCGCAUAAACUGUUCAAUGCAACGGUCCGCGAACAGCCGGGCGCCGGAAACGAUAAAGUACGGGCUGCUCAACAAGGACGAUAUGCCGGACAUUUACAACAUAACGUUGAAGCGAAAGGAUCAAACGUACGAGCAGUUUGUGGAAAGUUCGCCAUCGUUUAAUGAUCCCGCCUACAUCGAGCAAUUGUACCGGUCGGUCGGACUAGACAGCAACGAAUACUGUACCAACAUGUCGAGCCUGAAGGGCAGAUACCCGUCGCAGGAGUAUGCGGCGGAACUACGCAACUCACAAAACAGCAAAUGGGCAUUUAGAUCGGUUGCCCAAGGCAUAGAGCAUUUCAAGGAAGGACGGCACGCGGAAGCCUUCCAAUGCCUGAACAAGGCACUCAGCAUGGAUCCACGGAACGUGGAAGGGUUAGUGGCGCGCGGCGCACUGUACGCCAACAGUGGAUCGUUCAAGAAGGCGGUCGAAGACUUUGAGGCCGCGCUCAAGCUAAACCCGUCGCACGCAAACGCGCGCAAGUACAUGGGUGAAACGUUGGUGGCGCUGGGGCGCAGCUACGAGGAGGAAAAUCGCUUCGAAGAGGCAAAGAAAGCGUACCAGGACUGUCUGAACAUUAUACCGCACCACGAGGAGGCGCAGACAUCUCUCGACUUUCUCAAAUCGAAACCAUUCAUCGGAAAGCAAAUCGUGGAACCAACCGAGCUGGAAUUGCCGUCAUUGAACAUUGUGAAACCCUCGGCAAGCGAUCGCAACAAGCAGGAACCGGACACGUCCGGUGUUGGCGGAAGUGGUUUGUUUGGUGGCGGCGGUAGCAGCAGCAGCAAGCGCGAUAACAACGAAAGCUCGCGCAAGGACCGGAAGAAGGAUAGCAAAAAGGAUCGCAAAAAACGCCACCACAAGAAGCACCACAGCAGUUCGAGCGACUCGAGCACCGCUAGCUCGGACAGCAGCGAUUCGAGCAGUGACUCGAGCAGCAGCAGCAGCAGCGCUUCAUCGACCAGCUCUGAUUCAUCCAGCUCGCGCAACAAAAAGCGCAAACGCUCGAAGAACGAUAAGAAACCCAAAUCCGUAUCGCCGCCAAUCGGCAAGCGUAUGAAUGCGGCCGCCGGAGGGUUCGGCGGCCCAGCACCGGGCGAGCUGGUCGGAUACCCGAUCGGAGGCCAGGGUGGUAGCGUGUUCGGUGGGCACGGUUCAGGCCACGGUCAAUCGGGAAUGGACGAUUAUGAGCAAAAGGUGCGCAAGUUUUUAGAAAUGCCACGGGACGAGGAGAACUACGAAGAGAAGGUUCGUAGAUUUGUGGCCGAGGCAAACAAGUACCAGAAGGAGCGCAAGCAGCAGGAAGACAAAUCGAAGAAAAAGAAGAAGAAGGACGAGAAAAAGGCCAAGAAGGAAAGCAAGAAGAAGCGCAAAUCGGAUGAGAAGAAAAAGUCGAAGAAAAGGGACAAGGGCGGUGACGAUGACGGUGCAUCGGGCAAGGAUAAGCUACGCGAAGCCUUGAAAAUCUUUGAGAAUUUCCCCGUGCUGGAUGAGCUCGGUUCAAAGCUUUCCGUCGGUGGUUCGGUUGCGGAAGCUCUAUCAGCACUGCUAAGCGCCGGUUCCGGUGGAGGGCCAAGUGCUGGAACUUCUCGAGCUAAACCGUCCGAUUUGCUCGAUCUAGAUCGAGGAGGACCAACGGCAGCGUCCGGGAUGGACGAAAGCGGUAAGGACGGCAAGUGGCGCAUGAUGUUCAACAAGGAUAAGCGCCCGACGAAGGAGGCGGCCCCAAUGAUCACUAGCCUAUCGGCCGGACUUUCACAGCAUCCAUUCAGCAAUGAGUCGGACGACGAAUCGAUCGGUGGUGGCGGCGGCGGUCCAUCGUACGGUGCACCGAGCAAACCGUUGCAGCACAACGAGCGCAGCACCAUCGCCGGUGGUGGUGGUGGUGGUGGUAGUCGUUUCGGUGCGCGUUAUGACGAUCGUGAUAAGGGCAAGUUCCCCACCAGCACCACCACAUCACAGAUGCCACCGGUCAAGUCUGGUCCGGUGGUGCUGGACAAGUUCGGUAACUUCCGGCUAGCGACGGCCGACGCCCCGUCCACCGCUGGCUCUAAACCGCCCGAACCGUCGGCCGCGCCACCGAUGCGCCGAUCGCGCAGCAAAUCGCGCACACGCACGUACGGCAGUUCGCGGUCACGGUCGCGAUCGCGCAGCGAGCGGCGCCGGUCACGGUCGGGCAGUUUCCGGCGCAGUAGCCGCCGGUUCAGCCGAUCUCGGUCGCGAUCAUUCAGCCGAUCGCGCUCGGGCAGUUACUCGCGCAGCCGGUCACGAUCGCGUAGCUUCGAACGGCGUCGCUUUGAUCGGCGCAUUUAUCGUGGUGGUCGGGGUGGAGGAGGAGGAGGUUACGGCGGUGGCGGGGACCGGAUGGGUCCGUUCGGUGGCAAUCGGUUCAACAAUUCACGUGGCCAUUACAGACGCGGUGGUUUCCGCGAUUUCAGGGACAACCGUUACGGCGGAGGACGCGGUGGUGGUGGUGGUGGCGGAAUCAGUGGCGGUGGGCGUGAUAGGCCUCCGUUCCGGCCACGGUACCGUGGGCGGUACCAGCGUUCGUACAGCCGGAGCAUGAGCAAGUCGCCCGAUCGCCGUCCCAGCAGCCCGGGCGAUGAUCGUCCCCGGCACCAUAAUAGACGCGGCGAUAGCCGUGACCGGGGAGACAGUCGCGCCGGUCGGGAUCAGCAUCACAGUCGGGAACGCUCGCCGCACCCGGCCCGUCGUGGUAGCAGCCGGGCAGACAGUCGUGACAAUCAGCGCGAUCGGGACGAUAGCCGUGACCGUGAUCAUCAUCGGCGGUCCGAAGGGCGCGAGUCGUCCAAGCGAUCGAAGGAAGAUCUGAAUGCUGCUGCCGGUGGUUCUACGGGUGCACCGGCCGGACGGGGCGAUGAGGCGACGAACAACAGCUCACCGGAAGCAUCGCGUGCCGAAAAAUCGCGCCAGCGCCGAUCAUCUUCCGCCGGCAGCCAGCGAUCCGCCAGUGGUGGAUCCGCUAAAAUACCGCACGACAUUGAAGGACGCUGGGCGGACGAUGACACUGAACGGAAGAAGGAUCGGCGCGUGCAGGAGGGAGAAGAAUCCACAAUGGCGGAAACCGCCGGCACGCAUUCCAACAGCAGUGCGGGCGCAGCAGCCCCAUCGUCUACGGCCGUUGCCGGGGACGUUUCGCUAGAGGAGCUCGAGAAGAUGCUCACCAAGGCACGCAAAGAGCGUAAGGAGGAAAUGUUGGAACGCAACAAAGAUUUGCUCAAAAAGCCCGCUGGUGGUGGCUUCUAACAAGUGCGGCCACAAAUUGGGAAAUGGGCCUACUGUGGCGUAAGCGAGCGUCGUCACUCGUAGGUUUAACAGCGUUAAGUUAGUUUUUCACAUUUCUUUCAGCUAAAAAGCAGGCAACCACCGGCCAGAGCACGACCAAACCUUCUUCGGUUGCAUAGAGAUGAUUAAGCAGAAAAUGAUACAUUUCAAUGAAACAGUUUGGAAUAGUGUGGUGGUGGUGGUGGUGGUGCACCAUAAGCAACACGAUGAAGCCACCCGUUGUCGUAGCGGACAAGCAAGCAAGUAAGCGUGAAGAGAUCUAUAUCUACUUUGAUGUGUACUCAUUUCAAUAAAGAUCACUAAAUUUUAUCGAUAACGUAA